GUUCUCGUUAAGAUGCCUCAUAUUAUACCUGGCAGCAGCCUCUCAACUACCUGUGUCUCGGGUACUCGUGUUAUCGUCUUGAUCAUUUUCCUGGUAAAAGUCAAACAACCUUCCUAAAACCAUGGAUCCGGUCAGCCAGUCUUUAGGGAUUCUCGAUCUCCCUUGCGAACUACUCUUCAUGGUAUUCGAGGAGCUUAAAGCCUCUUGUUGGGAUCCCGACAAGAGGAAAAUGCGAAUCUACAAGAUCCAGGCUAUCAGGAAUGUGCGUCUCACCUGCCAAAGAUUCUGCAGCACCAGCUCCCAUCUACUCCUGGAUUCCGUCACCGUCGAAAUGAACUUACGUUCUGUUCAACGAUUCCAGGAUAUAUCGCAACAUCCUCUCAUAGCCCCCGGGGUGCGGUCAAUACGUAUCCUACUACACUACUAUAAUGGCUCUCUGGUUGAAGACCUGAGUGCUUAUGAAAUAUACAAUGCGGGCAAGAUACGAGGUAUCGUCCGUAACUUGGAAUGGGAAAUGAACCAUCAUUCUAGACAAUACACGGAUAUCUUCUUAAACCGAACGCGCGAAGGAUGCCGCCAAGCGAUGAAGAUAGCUGAAGCAUGGGAACAUCCAGGGCAAAGUGACGAUGAGGGACUGUUCAAGCGCAUGGCUCGGUCGGGCCACGACAUCUACCGAUCCCUUUACGAAGAACAAGAGCUUCUGCGAGAGCAACGACGUUUCACCAGGCAUGUGGCCGAGGGAAUGGCCAGAAUGUCUGGUGCCCGAGAACUAGAAUUCUGCGACCCUGGAUUCUCCUACAAACCAGCUUCCAACUAUGAUUUGAUGGAAUAUGGUAAAAUGAUGAAGAUGUUGGCCUCACCAUCACCAUGGGAUGACGGGGAGGAAUUCUACCCAGCAUCGCCACCUUGCGAGAUCGUUUUUGAUCUACCACUAACUCUCCGUGAAAUUGGGGUUCAGCUCACCAGCCUUCGGAUCGAUGUUUCAUUACAUAGGCCAGAGAUAGAUGUACCAAGUCAAGAGCACUCGGCCAAUUUAACGGCAGCAAUGCAGAGCUUGAGAAGGUUCAAAUAUGUGUACGGCGAGCUCUGCUAUGGACAACCAAUAUACCAUUAUACCUUUGCUGUGCUGGAUAAUUCAAGUAUCGAAGAGAUCCAUCUAAAUCGCUUCCCAAAUCCGUCGGAAUGUGUUUUCGAACAGAUGAUUCCACAAAGAGAUUACCCGAGCCUGAAGAAAAUGCGGCUGGAAUCUUGUCUCUUCCACCUGAGAUGUCUAAGCCGAUUUUUAAAUGGCUGUAAUCCGGCCGUCUUCAAGCACCUGGAUCUACAUGUUAUGGACCUUUUGGACGGCACCUGGGCUGAGACCCUGGGUAUCCUAAAGGGCUCUUGUUUGGACUAUUUCUCUAUUGGCUGUCACAUGGGUGGAGGGAGCCUGAUUCUUGGUGAUGAGUUAUGGCAAGUCAAAUGGGACGAUGAUUGCCCAAUCCAAUUCUGGAGGCAGCUUAACAUACAUCAUGUAGCGAGAGAAAUCUCCUCGCACGACUAGGCUGUCCAGGGAGUACCUUAAAGAAACUCGGACAUUGUAUCAUGAGGUGGACCCCGAAAAAGAGGCAUAUUACUUGAGGGUUAUAUUAUGGUAGCCUAACAUCAAGGUCAGUUAGAGUCUUUACUAUUGCACUUAGAACCUUCC